GUAUCCGAAUCACACGACAUUUUUUUGCUUAGUCACUGAACUAUUUCAAUCUUAAUCCACACAUACAAUUCAGUUGAAACACAUUGAACUAUGCGGCUGGUGCAGUUUCUACAAAAUGGAAGACAAUGUCUUGGGUUGGAAGUUUUUGAGGGUGGUGAUAUCGUCAAUUUAAACCAUGCAGACGAGACAAUUCCACACGAUAUGAGGACUUUUAUUGAGUGCGGUGAAGAUAUGUGGAAAAGGGCUCGGAGUGUUUCAAACAGACCAUACUGUCUGGUACAUCGGGACAAUGUGAAGUUACUUGCCCCUAUUACAUCAUGUGAGAAGGUGUUGUGUAUUGGUAUGAACUACAGGGACCACUGUAAGGAACAAAAUGCUCCCAUACCUGACGAUCCUGUCGUUUUUAACAGGUUUCCGAGUUGUAUUAAUGGACCAAAUGAUGAUCUGAGUUACCCAGGAGAGACAGAGUACCUGGAUUGGGAGGCAGAACUUGCUAUUGUGGUGGGGAAACAGGCAAAGAAUAUACAGCUGGAGGACGCCAUGCAAUACGUUUUCGGAUAUACCGCAGCAAAUGACGUCUGUGCACGUGACUGGGUGAUGAAAAAUGGCGGCCAGGUCCUCCUCAGUUCAGCCAUGGAUCAAACAUGUCCACUUGGACCGUCGCUUGUUACAACUGAUGAAUUAGGAGAUCCACAUAAUCUUAAUAUUAGAUGCAAGGUAAACGGAGCCAUAAAACAGGACAGCAACACCAGUCAGCUCAUCUACAAAACCGAAAAGAUUAUAUCCCAUAUAACUAGAUUCAUAACACUUAAACCUGGAGAUGUUAUUUUGACAGGAUCGCCACCAGGUGUCGGACAUUGCAUGAACCCACCAGAAUAUCUACAGGUGGGGGAUUUAGUUGAAGUGGAACUGGAAAAGAUUGGAACGAUUAAAACCAAAAUUGUCAGAACUGAAGCACAUAACUAUUCUUUGUCUCAAAGAUCAUGAAAGUAUGUACAUGGAUUUCGUCUUGGAAUUAAGCCCUGCCAAUGGCCAGUAACAGAAAUGCGCACAUAAACAACCGGUCAUUUGAUUGCUUUUUUCCUGGACAUCGAACUAACUUGCUUAUAUACGUAUUUUUUGGUGAUCACGAGAGAAUUUACGUGACACAACUAUCACUUAUAUAGCCUACCAAUAUAUCUUUGUAUUCAUUUGUAAUAAAAUUCAAAAUAGG